AUGUCGUCCCCAUUGAAAAUCGCCAUUCUGGACGACUACCAGGACAUUGCAACCCCCAAAUUCGCCCACCUCACGUUGACUGGCAAAGUCGCCUUGACGCUUUUCCCAAAUACCCUCAACGUGCAAAAUUCCGAUGAACGCGUCGCCCAGAUCCAGCGGUUGAAGCCCUUUGAGGUCAUUUCGACUAUGCGCGAACGCAGUGCGUUCCACGCGGACAUAAUCGGCGAAUUACCCAAUUUGAAACUUCUUUUGACCACGGGGGUCCGAAACCUGUCGAUUGACCACGAAUUUGCAGCAACAAAGGGGGUUGUUGUGGCUGGUACCAAGAGGACUGGAGAAAGCUCGGGACCGGAUACAACGACACAGCAGACUUGGGCACUGAUUCUCGGACUCGCACGGCACAUUGCCCGUGAUGAUAUUGCACUCAAGACCGACAAGUCCUACUGGCAAGGGCAGAGUCUUGGGAUUGAGCUUCCGGGCAAAACAUUGGGAUUAGUAGGCCUGGGGAGACUCGGCAAAGCAACCGCUAAAAUCGCGGCUCUGGCAUUCGGCAUGAAGGUCAUUGCCUGGAGCUCCAGCCUAACACAAGACAAGGCAGAUGAAGCGGCACUGGAUAUAGGGUUACCUGCGGGGAGUAUCAUUGUCCCAGCUUCCAAGCUUGAUUUGCUUCGCCAAGCGGACGUUGUGUCGAUGCACUACGUAUUGUCGGACCGCAGUCGUGGUAUUAUUGGCAAGGAAGAAUUAGCAGCGAUGAAGCCGACAGCCCUAUUGGUCAACACAUCACGGGCCCCCCUGAUUGAUCAAGAUGCUCUCCUGGAAACGCUCAAGGCGGGUCGAAUUCGGGGUGCGGCGAUUGAUGUAUACGAGGUCGAGCCGCUGCCAGGAGACAGUGAAUGGCGUACGACAGAGUGGGGGAAGAACGGCCUGAGUGACUUGUUGCUGUCGCCACAUAUGGGCUACGGAACUGAGGAGUAUAUCGGCCAUAUGUAUGACCAGGUGGUGCAGAAUGUAGAACGAUACCUGGCAGGAGAGGAGCUGUUGGCACGAUAUAACUGA